GAAGCUUAAAGUCCGACUGGUCUGGAAGAUAAAUUCCAUCCUUUGGGCAUUGAUAAGGGAAGGAUUGUCGAUAGAAGAACAGUGGACCAGACGCUCUGGUUUAUUAGACAGUAUCAACACAGUUAAUUAUCCGAGCGUUACAGAGUCUUUUUCUCGAAUGGCUGACUUGUUACAUUGCUUAACGAGAAGGAAAAAAAUUACCCAGGAGGAGAAAACAAACACCGAGUUGUCAAAAUGUCUUACAACAUGGGAUUUGACAUCUCUUGGGAUUGGGGCCACUCUGGGUGCGGGAAUCUAUGUCGUUUCGGGACAAGUUGCCGCAAGUAUUGCGGGACCGGCGGUGAUAAUAUCAUUUGCGUUGGCGGCUGUUACAUCUAUCCUCUCAGGACUGUGUUAUGCUGAAUUCGGCGCGCGUGUACCCAGAACUACUGGCUCGGCUUACGCCUAUAGUUAUGUCACUGUCGGUGAAAUAUGGGCCUUCAUAAUCGGCUGGAAUUUGAUUCUCGAAUACAUGAUCGGUACUGCCGCCGAUGCACGAGCUUUAAGCGCUUGCUUCGAUUAUGUGAUUGGAAAUGUGAUAAGGAAUUUAACGCUGACCUAUAUUGGAGAGAUAAAUACCCCAGGUCUGGGAACCUAUCCUGAUAUCGUAUCUUUCAUCGUCACUAUCAUUGUAACAAUCGUAUUAGCCAUUGGUGUUAAGCAAUCAUCAACAUUCAGUACUAUUUUCAACAUUUUAAAUAUUUUGGUUGUCCUUUUUGUCGUAGUAGCUGGGAUAUUUUUCGUCGAUACGAAAAACUGGACAGAAGGACAAGGUUUUUUCCCGUAUGGAGCCUCGGGAGUGUUAAGUGGAGCAGCGACCUGUUUCUACGCUUAUGUUGGCUUCGAUAUCAUUGCCACGACAGGUGAAGAAGCCAAAAACGCACCUAAAUCUAUACCAGUUGCUAUUGUUGUGUCCCUAUUAGUUAUAUUUGUAUGUUAUUUUGGAGUCUCUGCGGUAAUUACGUUGAUGGUUCCUUUCGAUCAGCUCGACAAACUUUCGCCAAUUCCUAACGCAUUCGUUCAAAGAGGAUUUCCUCUGGCUAAAUACAUCAUUGGUAUAGGCGCUGUUUGUGGCCUAUCCUCAAGUCUUUUAGGCUCUCAGUUUCCUUUGCCUAGGAUCAUUUAUGCCAUGGCGUCAGAUGGAUUGCUCUUUAAAUCGUUGGCGAAGGUGAACCCUCGAACUGAGGUUCCUGUGAUUGCCACUGUAUACCCAGGGCUUCUGACAGCUAUAAUUUCGUUGUUGUUUGAUUUAAAUGAGCUAGUUGAAAUGAUGUCCAUUGGGACAUUACUUGCAUACACUCUAGUGUCCCUUUGUGUUUUAAUCCUUCGUUAUCAACCUGAUGCUCCUGAGGUACCUUCGACAUACCUAUUGCACUUUGCCGCCGAACCAGAGCAAGAUUCGUAUGAAAAACUUUCUUCACCCGAUUAUAUGACAGACGAAUGGGACUACGAAAUAUCUACAAAUAGAAUGGUACCCACUCCAAAUGCUGCGGACAGCUGUAGGGAGUAUUUAAACAAAGGUUUAUCUGCGGGAGAAUUGAAAAAAUCUUACAGAGGAAAUACGAAACAAUUUGUACAAAAUAAACCAAGGAGAGGACCAACGGCACAGAGCUUGCGCAUUGUGCAGUGGGCAGCAACUCUAAUGUUUUUCUCGUUCAUUGGGUUCUGCGCAGCAAUAGUUUAUGGUUUGGAUGCCUUACAAAGACAAAGCUACGUGAUUGUAAUGUUUCUUGUUAUUUUCGGAAUCCUGAUUUUAUUUGCUAUUGUUGUGAUUUGUUUACAACCUCAAAAUGCCAAGAAGAUCUCAUUCAGGGCGCCUUUUGUGCCGGCUCUUCCAAUGCUCGCCAUCUUCUUCAACGUGUUUCUGAUGCUGAAACUCUCCCGAUUGACAUGGAUCCGCUUUGGAAUUUGGAUGGGCUUAGGUGUGCUGUUAUAUUUUGGGUAUAGCAUCUGGAACAGUCGCGAGAGAAAUAGAAUGCUCCAGGGACAAGGAUCAUUUGACAGACAGGUUCUGUUAGCAGAAAACCUUAACAGCAUGGACAUUGAAUAUGAGAUGGAAACAAUUCCAGCUCAUAGGGACGAUGUGGAGGAUUUUCCACCCAGUCCGUUUAAAUGGGACAGCUUGUAACUAUACGGUAAUGGUAAAUAACUUCCCGUCUCCUGAAUGGAGAUUGAUGCUUCUCUAUAUCUGAACAGAAAACUGAA